CCUACACAUGUUCAAUUAUUGAAUGAUUUUAAAUAAAAUUAUUUGUUAAAAAUCACGCACAAAAAGGAAGCUUCCACGGAAUAAAAAGAUUAAAAGUAGGCUAUUUGUGGCUUUUUAUCUCAAUAUUCUAAUUGUUUAUAUAAUUGCGAGUUUAUAUCUCACAAAUCCCACUUACGAUUGCGAGAAAGACAGAAAUAUGACAAUAUAAGUCACAAUUACCUUUUUUUUAUUUAGUGAAGAAAAGAGAAAUAACUAUAUCUCUGGCAAACUGAAUGCUGCUCGUGAAUGUGUGCUCAGCGGAAGGACAAAUAGUUCCUAUCCUGCACAACUACUCGCCGACAUAUAGUCCAUUAUAUUCAUUCCAACACUUGUGAUAUGAAAUCAGUUAAUGCUAAACAAUUAUUAAAAUAACCACUUUGAAAUAAACACCGUUAUCAUUAAAUGAAGGUAUUUGUAAAUACCCUCGAGUAUUUACGUCUGUAUCAGUAUUAGCUACUAUUUGAAGAUCCAUCCGCCAAACCCACCUGAAUUCUAGUAACUUUACACACACACACACACACACACACACACACACACUCACACUCACUCAAAUACCCCAGCUGCAGUCCGAAUUUAAUGUGAGCCUGUCUUAAACUUAAAAGCAAUCUGCUAAUUAUUUGUUGAGGAUCAAACGAGACUUUACUUUGGAAAAUCCUCGAUAGUUCGCGUCGUGACUGAAAAUGAAGUCAAUGCUUCACUCUGGCGCUGACUCGCGCCCUCAGAGUUGCUCAAACAGCGAUGUGGACGGAACACACCAAUGUAUCGUUAUCAAGCUGGAAGAGGACGAUCCAGAAACUGAGAUGGAUCUGAGUAUAUUCGCUCCUGUCGAGUCAGAUAACUCAAACGAUGAAGAAGAAGAUGAUGAUGAACUCUCGUGCUCAUCCAGAGCUUCUACAUGGAGCAGGAGAAACAUCCAAGAGCGAGAAAAGCAGGAGUAUUGUGCGCCCCUGAAACAGUCUCCCAGGGGGAGUUUAGAAGGACACCAUGAGAGCCGACAAACCUUUCGGGAUGAGCAGAGCCCAAAGCAGAGUCCUGACUGCGGUGCCGCACACGGGGACAUGAGCGUAGGACUCCCUUCUGAGGAGCACAUUGGUUACCAAGCUAGGCCUCCGUGUGAUUCAGCCAGGGGUCCUGCAGAGAAGUCUGGACUGAACAUGGCGAUCAGCCCUUUAGCUGCCAUGGAGCCUCCAGUAUUUCCAAACGCACCAGAACAGAGCAAAUCUGCUGUCGGGGAGGACCAGCAGAAUAUCCUGCUGGAGGUGCUGAACUACUGUAGGUUCCUGCAUGCAGCAGUGCAGAGGAUUGAACAGAAGAUUGACAUGCAGAUGGCAAAUGAGGCGUCUGAUGUAAGGAGCUCGGCAAGGCUGAAGAAGGCUUCAAAGAGGCCGGCGUCUCUACCUGUUGAGGACGGGCUGGUGUCCAGUUCUUUGUCCCAGCGUCUUCAUCCGCCAGUCCAGACAAACCCGUGGUGGAUGGCUCCGUGGAAGCGAGGGCCGGACAGGACAGAUCUCCAGCAAGCUGACGACAGCAGCCUUCAGUCGGGCAAGCCUCCUGGUGCGGGACGGGGGAGGGGACGGGGCAGGGGGCGGGGCCGGGGGCGUGGACGUCGGGGACGCUAUAAUGGAUCCCAGCGCCAAUCUCAAACUCCGGAUCCUGCGUCACUCGUGUUAAAGCCAUUCGGAGACGAGACAACAUAUGAUCCACAGCAAUCCCAGAUAGUGAAGAAAAGACCUUUGUGCAACACAGGCCCGAUGCAUCAGCAGCAAACGGAGAACGGCCUGCCUCCGCUGGAGAAGAGAGUGAAAUUGGAGAAGAUGGCCAACAAUAAAGAGGCCACACUUCAGGUUCAGGAGGAGCCCAAAGUCAUGAUCGGGAGCGCCUUGCGUAAAGUGUGGAUCCCGUUGUCCGUGUACAAGGAGGUGUUUAAGGAGGUGGAGCCGCAGAAGGCCGUGGAGCCGGUGCUGCACGCUCUCUUCCCCAUCAGCACACUGUCCUGCAGUGCGGUCACGGGCAACCCCGCCAAGGGCGUCCAGCAACUCGACCCCAACAAAAUAGAAGCCCUUCGAGAGUUCCUGGCUGAGAUGUACCCACAGUUUGACGUUGGCGUGAGGGGUGUGUCAUGGGCACAGUGUCUCGGAGUGAUCAACAACAUCACCAAAAACCUUAAGAAAAUAACCGGAAAAACCUCAUAUCUGCCAAAGGAGGUUGAAGGAGACGCACAAAAUGAGCCUUCAUACUCCCCAGGGUCUGUUCUGUGUUGUAAUCCUGAUACAUACACAUUUCAAUUCAAUGAAUGAGCUUAAGUGCCACAGCAGUGUUCCUCUUUUCUAUAGCUGCUAUGUUUCUAAGGAAAGAGAAGUUUUGAAUGCAUAAUAUAUUAACUUUUUUGUUCUUAAUAAAUCCAUAUAUUAACAAUUUUUGUGUUCAUACACCUGUAUAUUUUUUACAAUGCCAAAUAAAGUUGUUUUUUUCAGA